UAUUAUAGGAAGUAGAUCUAAUAUUCAUUGUCAUAGCUGGAGAAAUCAGUGCAUUCUGCCAAGUCUCAAGCCUGCAAAAUGGUUCAGUAUCUCCCCUUUAUUCUCCUAGCUGUGUUGUGCAGCUCUCCCACUAGCUGCAGGGCUGAGGGCAGUGGCUGUGGAAGUGUCGACCAAGACCACCUCGCAAAGCAACGGCUAAACAACGUGCUGGGGAGUAUACAAGCCCAGCUUGCACCACUGAUGCAAGACAAUGAAACUGAAGCAACAGUUGAGGAUACUGCCUCAGUUAACAAUGACUCCGUACGGCUCAUGUAUGAGGCCCUAGUCAACUCUACAGAGCGUGUGGAUGAUGGCUCUUGCAAGGAUGGGGACUUCUUUGCACAGCCAGUUACAUCCUUCAAUGUGUCAAUGAACAUUGAUAAGGAAGCCACUGCUAGGAGGAGGCGCUCUGCCCCCACCACUGCCACGAGAGGUGUACUGGUGAGAUACACUGCCGAGUUAGAGUUCCAUCUCAAUGACAGCCUAAAGCUCAUCUCUCGAGCUGAUCUACUGCUCUACCAACUGCCCACACGUACAAGCCCAUCUAUACAGUCAAGAGACAACAGACAAUAUAUUGAGAUUAGCACUGUGAUUAAUGACAAGGAGAGACGUGUUAUUGAGGGCAAAUACAUCGACACAUUCGGAGAUGGUUAUAUUGUGUUUGAGAUAACAAAAGCAGUCGAGAUGUGGAUACAGCAAAACAUUGAAGGGCAAGUGUUGUUGGAGGUGGUGGUGUAUUGCUACAGCUCCCCUAGCUGUGCUGAGGUGGACAGUCAAGGAAUACACCCGGCUAUAGUCAAGUUCCUUACAGCCUCACAAGAUUUGAGCAAACUUCCUCGAGUGAUAGUCAACUCGCACAAACCACGAGAGAGUGUUAGUCGACUGAACAAACGCUCCACACACAAUGAAGAAAUAAUGUUCUGUACUUCUGAUGCUGACUUAUGCUGUCUCAAACCACUUGUUAUCAACUUCAGGACAGAUCUCAAACUACAAUCCAUUGUAUAUCCUGAAACCUUUGAGGCCAAUUACUGCCAAGGGCCGUGUCCAACCAUCUCAGGCAGUACAGUACUCAGCUCUGAACGGUUUGAUUUCCUGAGCCGGUUGGGUAGUAACCACCCUGCUGCCAGCAUCGAGCCUUGCUGCUCAGGAGAGGAAUAUGAUCAUCUUGAUGUGAUAAUGAGAGUCUACAAUAGAGAAACAAAACGCUUGGAGACGCAGAUCAUUAAACUAAAUCAAGUCAAAGUCGUUGGCUGUAGAUGUGCCUAAACAAUCAUAUCCCAUAAAACCAUGAAAAUAUUUGUGUAAUGUACUCCUAAAAACUGCUUUCUUAAAAACCAAUGUGGUUUCACUAUUCUGUGCUUACAACUGUUUCUAUUUAUAUGUACAUGAUGAGGUUUUCUUGAUGUGUG